CAGAGCGCGUAGAUUGUUUUCCGAGGAUGUGGAAAAAGAAAAAACUGAACUUAAACCCUAGGUUUUAUGUGUGGUGUAGCCAGUCUCUUGCACGACAGUACCGAUCAUCAAUUCCAGUUCAGUUCUCCACGUUCACGCUGUAACGCCCGUUCCGAAUCCAAACACAAGCUUCUUUUGGUCUGGAUCUGGAACUUAACAAAUAAAUUGUUCGCAGAUUUUCAGACUCUCUCUCCAGAGUAUCUUCAAUUCCAUUAGCGGCUAGGGUUUCGAUCUUUCUCUUGAAAUCCAAUUUGCUGCUCCUGUUUUUAAACCUCAAUUAGGGUUGGGGGUUUUAGGAUUAAUAAAUAUGUAUGCUGAUCGGGUAGAGUCCGGAGGCAGGAGAUCAAUAAAGGAUCGUCUCAAUGGAAAUUUCUUCGACAAUUCCACUCGCCGGCGCCCCGUCACCGGCAAGAGGCAGAGGCAAGAUGACAAGUGGGAACAUGAUCUUUAUGAUGACGAAUCUCACAUUUCAAUUCGCAAAGUUGGCGCUCGAGAUCUUCGGCAGAAGCUCCAAAGAAAAAGUCUUCAAGUGACACAAAGUGGAAAAAGGUCUGUUUCAGGUGUAAGGGAUUUGCGUGAAAAGCUAUCAGGUACAAUGAACCUGCAAUCAGAGAGUACUGGUUCACGAAAACCAAAAAUGGAGGCUGCUAAACCAGCUAGGAAAAGUGUUGCCGCUGAGGCUGCUGAACCGGAGAUUAAAAAAGUUGUGAAUCCGGCUGCUAAUAAGAAGUCUCAGCAGAAGCCUGGAACAUCACUGGAUCAGUUUUUGCUGUCAUUGGAUCUCGAAAAAUAUUCAAUUACUUUUCAGGCCGAGGAAGUUGACAUGCCUACCAUUGUACACAUGACUGAUGAGGACCUCAAGGCUUUGGGGAUACCAAUGGGCCCAAGGAAGAAGAUACUUCUAGCUCUGGAAUCUAGAGCUUGAUGUGUAGGACUGUGCUGGGUAUUUGGCCAAGAGACUGGGGUUGCAGGUUGUACUAUUGGUUUGAAGAUCCUCAAAGAUUGUUUUGCCUGCAUUUGGCCUCCAUAUUAACCUAGUUUUUAUUUUUAUUUUGUUUUGAUUUCCCUUUCUUCGGUUCUGUAGCUUGAAUCUAAUUAUUUAUCUGAAAGCAAUGUGAAAUGUGUGCUUGGGGGAAGAGGAACUACCUAUAA